AUGCAUGGCGCCUGCAAAAACGUCCGCUAUCCAGAAAACAACUGCAGCAAUUUCUUCUACCAUAAUGGGCCUCAUAUCGACCCCGACAAAGACAGGUGGCGGCUAUGCGUGGCGCCGUCGGGCGCGGAGGCGUGUCUCCGCAUGGACUGGUGCAAGGCGUACGAGUGGUUUCCGCUGCCCCCUGCGCUGCUACCGUCGGGGGCGCCCUGCGAGCUGCAUCGCGACUAUCCAGUGCAGGCGGCGGAGGACUGUGGUGAGACCGGCGCAAGCAGCCUCGCGCACUGCUGCUGCGUGAGGCUCCCGGGGCCGUCGGAGUGA